GGGGGAAGGAGGGCGGGAGGGGCGUGGACGUGUUGGUGGCUACCCCGGGGAGGUUGAUCGAUCAUUUGGAGAGGACCCCAGGCUUCACGCUCACGCACUUGCGGUGCCUGGUGCUGGACGAGGCGGACCGCCU